AUGGCUCAUUACAAGGGUGCAGCUUCAGAAGCUGGCAGAGCCAUGCAUCUAAUGAAAAAACGUGAGAAAGCUCAGCAAGAGAUGGAACUUCAAAAGAAGAAAAUAGAAGGAGAUCUUAAAAUAGAAAAUAUUGAAAAUAAAUUUGCCACUCAUUAUGACGCUGUGGAACAACAACUAAAAAGCUCCACUAUAGGUUUAGUAACCCUUGAUGAAAUGAAAGCAAAACAGGAACAUAUUCUUCGCGAAAGAGAAAAAAAACUCGCACAGAAAAAAGCAGAGAAAGAAAAAGAACGACAAAAAGAGAUUGAGGCAAAACAGGCUCAAAAGAACAAACAAAAAAGACAGAUUCAGGCUCUUUCCUUUGAUUUAAAUGAAGAUGAGGAAGAAGAUGAUGCUGAAGAAAAGUCGGAAACUUCUUGGCGAGACAAAAAUGAGACAGUAUGUAAAAAAAUUAAAAAGAAUCCAGAUGUAGACACAUCAUUUCUUCCAGACAGAGAGAGAGAGGAAGCAGACUUAAAACUUAGAGAAGAACUAAGACUCGAAUGGGUGAUGACACAAGCUAGUUUAAAAGACGAACCAAUUACUGUUACAUUCAGUUACUGGGAUGGUUCUGGCCAUAGACGAAACGUCACUUUAAAAAAAGGUAACUCUAUAUAUCAAUUCCUUCAAAGAUGCUUAGACACACUAAGACCAGAGUUCAGUGAAUUGAAAACAGUAUCAGCCGACCAACUUAUGUAUGUUAAGGAGGACUUAAUAUUGCCACACCAUUAUACAUUCUAUGAUUUUAUUGUCACAAAGGCAAGAGGUAAAAGUGGACCUUUAUUCCAAUUUGAUGCAUCAGAUGACAUUAGAUUAGUUAAUGACGCUACUCAAGAAAAACAAGACUCACACGCAGGAAAAGUUCUUUUAAGAUCUUGGUAUGAAAGAAAUAAGCAUAUAUUCCCGGCAUCAAGAUGGGAACCAUAUGACCCAACUAAGACUUAUUCUAAAUAUACAGUAAAAGGAAAA